AUGGUUUCCAAGAUCCUCGACGAGCUUCUCAACCGCAAUGCCAAACUUGUCGAAACAUACAAGGCGCCACCUUCUCUGGUCCCAAUGGUCCAGGCAACUCGUCAAAGCGGUGCGGGAACAAUCAUCCUCAGCUGCUCUGAUCCGCGUCUGAACCCUUACUCGAUAUUUGGCAUCGAUCCGACGAUCAAGGGCGUCACUAUGGUCCGAAAUGCUGGAGGCCGUGCCAUGGACGCUGUCAGAUCAAUCUCUAUCCUCCAAACCAUUGGCAACGCAAAGACUGUUGUUGUCAUGCACCACACAGACUGCGGAAUGACGCAUUACCAUGACUCAAGAAUCAAGGAGGCCCUGAUCGAAAUCGCACCUCAGGAGAAAGACACCAUUAAUGCUUCCAAAUACGGCGAAAUCGCUGGACCGAUCGAGGAUAGUCUGAAAGAAGACGUGGAUCUUCUCAGCUCAUCGCCCUUUAUCCUCCCAGGAACCUCGAUUGUGGGAUUGAAGCUGGAUCUUUUUACCGGCGCCAUCGAGAAAGUCACUGAAGUCAAGACUGCUGAACAGCACUGA